AUGUCGGAAAAUAUUAAUAAUAGUAAUAAUAAUAAUGAUAAUGGGACAAAUUCUGAGGUAAUGAAUGAAACAGGUGUUCAUGUAUAUUGCCGUGUAAGACCUCCUAACGAAGCAGAAAGAACAAAUGGCAAUGGAAUUUUAUGUGUAAGUGUAAGAUCAGAGCAAUGUAUUGAAAUAACAACAACUUCAGCAGAUUUAAAAGGUGAGAAUGAUCCAAAGGAACGUACUUUUUAUUUAGAUCAUAUAUUUCCAAUGGAUACUACACAAAGUUAUGUAUAUAAAACCGCUGCAAAACCAAUUGUUGAUCAAUUAUUUAAAGGUAUUAAUGGAACAGUCUUAGCAUAUGGUCAAACAUCAAGUGGUAAAACAUUUACUAUGGAAGGUGUUAUAGGGGAUAAUGAAAAGAUGGGAGUAAUUCCAAGGAUGGUACAUGAUGUUUUUGGUAUGAUAAGUAAUGCAGAAGAACAUAUUGAAUUUCAAUUGAAAGUAUCAAUUUGUGAAGUAUAUAUGGAGCGUAUACGUGAUCUAUUAGAUACUAGUGGUACGAAAAAUAAUUUAAGGAUACAUGAAGAUAAAAUACAUGGUAUAUAUGUUAAAGAUUUAAGUGAAUAUUAUGUAACAUCUCCUGAAGAAGUAUUUGAAUUAAUGGCUUUAGGUCAUAAACAUAGAGCAGUUGCUUCAACUAAUAUGAAUUCAUAUUCAUCAAGAUCUCAUUUAAUAUUUAUGUUGCAAUUACAACAAAAGAAUGUUUUUGAUUCAAGUGUAAAAGUUGGUAGGCUUUUUUUAGUAGAUUUAGCAGGAUCAGAAAAAAUAAGUAAGACUGGUGCAGAGGGUCUUACAUUAGAUGAAGCAAAAACAAUUAAUAAAUCAUUAAGUUGUCUUGGAAAUGUAAUAAAUGCUUUAACUGAUAAUAGUAAAAAUUAUAUUCCAUAUAGGGAUUCUAAAUUAACAAGGAUUUUACAAAAUUCAUUAGGUGGGAAUUCUUUAACUGCAUUAAUUGUAACUUGUUCUCCUAGUGUAGUUAAUGAAGCAGAAACAAUUGGAACAUUAAGAUUUGGAAUAAGAGCAAAGAUGGUAAAGAAUAUACCAAAGGUUAAUCAACAAUAUUCUGUUGAACAAUUACAAAUAUUAUUAUCUGCAGCACAGAAGAAAUUAUCUGAGAGAGACACAUAUAUUACUUUACUUGAAUCUGAAAUAAAACGACUUGGUGGAGAAAUUCCAAAUCCUAAAGAAAUAGAUAAUAAUUUAGAUAUUGAAUCCUCUAAUAAAGAUGAUGAUUUAAAUAAAUUUAAAUUAAGAAGUACAGGUGAAGAUGAUGGGAUUGACUCUUCUAGUGAAUUAGAUGAACUGGAUGAAGCAAGACAACAGUUAAAACAAAAGAGUGAAGAGAUUAGUCAAUUACAGCAAAAAUUGAGUGAAAUAUCAGAUAUUAUUAAGCAGAUUAGUGAUGAUAAAGAGAAUUUGAAUAUGAAGUUAAAUGAUAUUACAAAUGAAUUGAAUCAAUCAAAAUAUCAACAACAAGAUCAAAAUGAAAAGAUACAACAAUUACAAUUAACAAAUAAAUCUCUUGUAAAUGAUUUAGAACAAUCACAUAUCCAGAGACAAAAACUUGAACAACAGAUAGAUUCAUUAAAGGCAUGUACAACAAUAUCUUCUAAUAAUGAGGAUUUAACAAAUAAAUUAUCUAAUUCAGAUUUGGAUAAUGUAUCUAAUAUGAAAAGUAAUUGUAUUUUAAACUUAACAUCUAAUAAUGAACAUAAUUCAAGUUUAACUCAAACUUUAAAAGAUGAGAUUAGCUUAUUACGUCAACACUUAUUAACAAAUUGUAUAGAUGAAGAUGAGAAAAAAGAAAGAACUAUAUUAUUAAAUGCAAUUGAUGAAAAUAUAGCUAAGAUUGCUCAUUUAGAAAAUAAAUUGGAUGAAAACCAGAAAUUAAUAAAGAGGGCUGAUGUAAAUGAUCAAGAUACAAAAGAUAUGUUGCAAAAAAUGUCACAAUUAGAUACAAGUAUGGAACAUUUAAGUCAAUUAUAUCAAAAACUUGUUGAACAAAAUUUAACACUUAAAUCACAAGGAAAAUUGUAUGAAAGAAGAUUAAGAAGGAAAGAAGAACGAAUAAAUCAAUUAGAGAAAUCUCUUAUUGAUGCUAAAGCAAAGUAUACAAGAUUGAUUUCUCAAUGUAACUCAUUAACAAAAACUAUUGAGAACAUUUCUAAAUUACGUCCUAUUUUUGCAAAGCUUGCUCCUCCAAAUAUUGUAAGAGGUAUUCAAGGUGGUGGUGGAAAGUCAUCAAUAAAAAGUUUGGAAUAA